AUGCAGAAAUUAGUACAGCUAAAAAUUCAUGGAACUGGUACCUUACAACUUAAUCGUUUACAAAAAUUUCAAUUUAAACCAGAUACUAAAAUGAAGAGAGGGGAUUUUGAAGAAGUUGUAUCURAUGAUAAAAAUAUUUGUCUAUUGAAAUGGAAAGAUAACAAAUCAGUAGUUACGACAUCGACUUGUUAUGRAGGUUUACCAACAUCAUCAGUAUCCAGAUGGGAUAAAAAACAAAACAAAUAUAUUGACGUACAAAUUCCAAAUAUGAUAUCAAAAUAUAAUGAAAAAAUGGGUGGCGUUGAUCAUUUUGAUCAAAUGAUGGAAUACUAUAGAACUUGGUUAAAAACAAAAAAAUGGCCACUUAAAGUUAUACUACACUUACUUGACCUAACAGUAACAAACAGUUGGUUUGAAUAUUUACAAGAUUGUAAAAUUAAUAAAGUACCGAAGAAAAAAAUUAAAGAUUUGCUCCAGUUUAGAAUGGAAAUUGGCGAAAGCUUAACUACGGCGACACCACCACCACCUACAUACCAAGUCAGCGAAGAGGAUGAAGAACCACCGAAAAAAAAAAAUUCACACGCGUCUAUACCAGGAGAUGAUGUGAGACUGGAUGGAUGCCAUCAUUGGCCGAGAGUGAUGGACCUCAAAGCACCUCUGAGUUGUAGACACAAAGGUUGUGAAAGUAGGUCCAAAGUCAUAUGUAUGAAAUGUAAAACUUAUUUGUGUAUGUCAAAAGGAAAAACUUGUUUUGAAGACUUUCAUAAGUUUAAAUAA